AAGCACAGCUACUAUCUGGUACGCUAGUCACACACCACAACAGCACACCCAGGUACGCUUUAGACACACACUUCAAAACUCAUUAUUGAUAGCGACCUGUGGGCUGCAACGUUCUGCUAGCUCAGCUGGCUACUGGUCUGAAUCUCAUUCAGUCCAAACAAAGCAUAAAAUCCAGUGUGUAUUAAGUAUGGGCCAAGCAAUGACCUCUGAGACUCUAUGUCUACAUGGAGAGGAUGGCUAUAAAUACUGGGUCGGACUCCAUGCCAAACCGUUCCACAGAGGGUGCAAGAAAACCACGUACAGAGGUGUUUUGCUUGGCCAAGGUGCUAGGCAGUGGGAGAAGGUGACAGUGAAGGCUUUCACCAACUUGCCAAAUACUCGAGAGAAUUGGCAACAAGAGACUGACAACGCCAAGAAGACGAGAGAAAUGGCUACAAAAUUCAAAGAGACAUUCCCUUCUGGACCUGAGCUAACUGUUAUCCCUUCUUGUCUUGUCCAAAUGGACAAAGUGUCAAAGGUCAACAAGUGGCUAGAGCGUCGCCAUGGUUACACUGUCCUCAACAAAGAUGACUGGGUUUCUGUUGAGGAACAUGUUCCAGAUGCUCUCUACUUAUACUGCCCUUGGUCCGAGUGGCCGCCUUGGAAUGAUGUGGACGUUUCUGAAUCAGAACAUCUCAGUACAUUUUCCCAUUUCACAUACUUAGUUACUGAUGGUCAACUGUUGAUCUGCGACAUACUGGCAACAUAUGACGUCACGACAGGCUACGUCAUUACCGAUGUCACCGUACAUUCCAGGGAUAAGAUGUAUGGUUCUUUCGACCACGGGGAAUCUGGUAUGGUAGAUUUUUUUCUGUGUCACCGAUGCACUGAGAUCUGCAAAGACUGGCCCAAACUGAACGGUGAUCUCCCACAAGAUAGGGAGGACGAUUGCAUGGAUGGGAGAAGGAAAGUUCACUUCAAUUUGAGAUUAGAUCAAUGUGUGUUCCCUCGAAGCUCGCUAAAGAACAGGCUCCCCGUGUUACGGCGUCAUGCGAGUGACGAAGGGGCAAAACUCCGGAAAAAAUGGAUGGACAGAGUGAGUCGUGACUCUCAGUUGCAUCCCUUGGUUGCUACAGACGGCCCGCCACCCUACGAGGAGAGCGUGUCGAGACACGAAAGCAUUGUUGACCAACGGCGUGUUAAAAGCUGGACAAUAUCCGAACUUUCUUGCCCAGACUUGCCCGAUGUGAACAGCAGAUCAAGAGACACAACCACGCCCAUAAAGUCUUGUUUAAAGAGGACAACAAGUGACCAGUAUAUGUCCACUACAAGUAGAGACAUGUAGUUUUUUGUUGUUGAUCAUUCGAUAAAGACCUAGUGGAUUAUGAACUUAUAACGUGUGUGUGUCACAUAACAAGAAGUGUGAUUUCAAGUACUGUCAGUUUGGAUUGACUAAAACAUGACUUUCAAACCAGCCAACUGUAAAGUCAAUAUGUCCCUGUGAAGUAAACACGUUGACUUAUUCAAGAUGGACUGACUUCUCAUUAUCACAAAUGCCAGAAGGAUAUAGAUCUAUAUCUAAAUACAUUACAAUUAAGCAGUGGGAAAAAACAACGACGUGAAUAUUUUCAAUGUAAAUUAAGUUAACCUGUCUUAUUGACAACACGGGAAAACACUUAAAUGCAGUGUUUCUCAAACUUUUACCAUUUGUAUACAUUCUCCACUAAAAAUAAAUUGUACACUUCCCUUGCCCAGCUAGGGUCUGCGGGAGCGCUGUAAGCUCGGACAGUUGGUUUCGGGAUUUUUAAAGAAUGUAAUGAAAAAGAAAAGAAACCUACAGACAAUUAUAACAUUAUUUUUCCUAAUCUCUUAGCAUAUAAGCCUAUAUUUACAACGUGUUAAAGUUAUUCAUUUAGUGGGUCAGGGUAGAUAAUAGGCCUACAUUUACAACGUGUUAAAGUUAUUCAUUUAGUGGGUCAGGGUAGAUAAUAGGCCUACAUUUUACUAUCAGGGAUUUCUGUGAACCAGUGCAAUACAUUUGAUGGUUUCUUUCCUAUAGCUGACGCUCAUAUCAUUACACUUUUUCUUGCUAUGAUCAUUUUGAGAUACAACUGAUCAUUACACUUUUUCUUGCUAUUAUCAUUUUGAGAUACAACUGAUCAUUACACUUUUUCUUGCUAUGAUCAUUUUGAGAUACAACUGAUCAUUACACUUUUUCUUGCUAUUAUCAUUUUGAGAUACAACUGAUCAUUACACUUUUUCUUGCUAUGAUCAUUUUGAGAUACAACUGAUCAUUACACUUUUUCUUGCUAUGAUCAUUUUGAGAUACAACUGAUCAUUACACUUUUUCUUGCUAUGAUCAUUUUGAGAUACAACUGAUCAUUACACUUUUUCUUGCUAUUAUCAUUUUGAGAUACAACUGAUCAUUACACUUUUUCUUGCUAUGAUCAUUUUGAGAUACAACUGAUCAUUACACUUUUUCUUGCUAUGAUCAUUUUGAGAUACAACUGAUCAUUACACUUUUUCUUGCUAUGAUCAUUUUGAGAUACAACUGAUCAUUACACUUUUUCUUGCUAUUAUCAUUUUGAGAUACAACUGAUCAUUACACUUUUUCUUGCUAUGAUCAUUUUGAGAUACAACUGAUCAUUACACUUUUUCUUGCUAUGAUCAUUUUGAGAUACAACUGAUCAUUACACUUUUUCUUGCUAUGAUCAUUUUGAGAUACAACUGAUCAUUACACUUUUUCUUGCUAUUAUCAUUUUGAGAUACAACUGAUCAUUACACUUUUUCUUGCUAUGAUCAUUUUGAGAUACAACUGAUCAUUACACUUUUUCUUGCUAUGAUCAUUUUGAGAUACAACUGAUCAUUACACUUUUUCUUGCUAUUAUCAUUUUGAGAUACAACUGAUCAUUACACUUUUUCUUGCUAUGAUCAUUUUGAGAUACAACUGAUCAUUACACUUUUUCUUGCUAUGAUCAUUUUGAGAUACAACUGAUCAUUACACUUUUUCUUGCUAUUAUCAUUUUGAGAUACAACUGAUCAUUACACUUUUUCUUGCUAUGAUCAUUUUGAGAUACAACUGAUCAUUACACUUUUUCUUGCUAUGAUCAUUUUGAGAUACAACUGAUCAUUACACUUUUUCUUGCUAUGAUCAUUUUGAGAUACAACUGAUCAUUACACUUUUUCUUGCUAUGAUCAUUUUGAGAUACAACUGAUCAUUACACUUUUUCUUGCUAUGAUCAUUUUGAGAUACAACUGAUCAUUACACUUUUUCUUGCUAUGAUCAUUUUGAGAUACAACUGAUCAUUACACUUUUUCUUGCUAUUAUCAUUUUGAGAUACAACUGAUCAUUACACUUUUUCUUGCUAUGAUCAUUUUGAGAUACAACUGAUCAUUACACUUUUUCUUGCUAUGAUCAUUUUGAGAUACAACUGAUCAUUACACUUUUUCUUGCUAUGAUCAUUUUGAGAUACAACUGAUCAUUACACUUUUUCUUGCUAUUAUCAUUUUGAGAUACAACUGAUCAUUACACUUUUUCUUGCUAUGAUCAUUUUGAGAUACAACUGAUCAUUACACUUUUUCUUGCUAUGAUCAUUUUGAGAUACAACUGAUCAUUACACUUUUUCUUGCUAUGAUCAUUUUGAGAUACAACUGAUCAUUACACUUUUUCUUGCUAUUAUCAUUUUGAGAUACAACUGAUCAUUACACUUUUUCUUGCUAUGAUCAUUUUGAGAUACAACUGAUCAUUACACUUUUUCUUGCUAUGAUCAUUUUGAGAUACAACUGAUCAUUACACUUUUUCUUGCUAUUAUCAUUUUGAGAUACAACUGAUCAUUACACUUUUUCUUGCUAUUAUCAUUUUGAGAUACAACUGAUCAUUACACUUUUUCUUGCUAUUAUCAUUUUGAGAUACAACUGAUCAUUACACUUUUUCUUGCUAUUAUCAUUUUGAGAUACAACUGAUCAUUACACUUUUUCUUGCUAUUAUCAUUUUGAGAUACAACUGAUCAUUACACUUUUUCUUGCUAUUAUCAUUUUGAGAUACAACUGAUCAUUACACUUUUUCUUGCUAUUAUCAUUUUGAGAUACAACUGAUCAUUACACUUUUUCUUGCUAUUAUCAUUUUGAGAUACAACUGAUCAUUACACUUUUUCUUGCUAUUAUCAUUUUGAGAUACAACUGAUCAUUACACUUUUUCUUGCUAUGAUCAUUUUGAGAUACAACUGAUCAUUACACUUUUUCUUGCUAUGAUCAUUUUGAGAUACAACUGAUCAUUACACUUUUUCUUGCUAUGAUCAUUUUGAGAUACAACUGAUCAUUACACUUUUUCUUGCUAUUAUCAUUUUGAGAUACAACUGAUCAUUACACUUUUUCUUGCUAUGAUCAUUUUGAGAUACAACUGAUCAUUACACUUUUUCUUGCUAUGAUCAUUUUGAGAUACAACUGAUCAUUACACUUUUUCUUGCUAUGAUCAUUUUGAGAUACAACUGAUCAUUACACUUUUUCUUGCUAUGAUCAUUUUGAGAUACAACUGAUCAUUACACUUUUUCUUGCUAUUAUCAUUUUGAGAUACAACUGAUCAUUACACUUUUUCUUGCUAUUAUCAUUUUGAGAUACAACUGAUCAUUACACUUUUUCUUGCUAUUAUCAUUUUGAGAUACAACUGAUCAUUACACUUUUUCUUGCUAUUAUCAUUUUGAGAUACAACUGAUCAUUACACUUUUUCUUGCUAUUAUCAUUUUGAGAUACAACUGAUCAUUACACUUUUUCUUGCUAUUAUCAUUUUGAGAUACAACUGAUCAUUACACUUUUUCUUGCUAUUAUCAUUUUGAGAUACAACUGAUCAUUACACUUUUUCUUGCUAUUAUCAUUUUGAGAUACAACUGAUCAUUACACUUUUUCUUGCUAUUAUCAUUUUGAGAUACAACUGAUCAUUACACUUUUUCUUGCUAUGAUCAUUUUGAGAUACAACUGAUCAUUACACUUUUUCUUGCUAUGAUCAUUUUGAGAUACAACUGAUCAUUACACUUUUUCUUGCUAUGAUCAUUUUGAGAUACAACUGAUCAUUACACUUUUUCUUGCUAUUAUCAUUUUGAGAUACAACUGAUCAUUACACUUUUUCUUGCUAUUAUCAUUUUGAGAUACAACUGAUCAUUACACUUUUUCUUGCUAUGAUCAUUUUGAGAUACAACUGAUCAUUACACUUUUUCUUGCUAUGAUCAUUUUGAGAUACAACUGAUCAUUACACUUUUUCUUGCUAUGAUCAUUUUGAGAUACAACUGAUCAUUACACUUUUUCUUGCUAUUAUCAUUUUGAGAUACAACUGAUCAUUACACUUUUUCUUGCUAUGAUCAUUUUGAGAUACAACUGAUCAUUACACUUUUUCUUGCUAUGAUCAUUUUGAGAUACAACUGAUCAUUACACUUUUUCUUGCUAUGAUCAUUUUGAGAUACAACUGAUCAUUACACUUUUUCUUGCUAUUAUCAUUUUGAGAUACAACUGAUCAUUACACUUUUUCUUGCUAUUAUCAUUUUGAGAUACAACUGAUCAUUACACUUUUUCUUGCUAUUAUCAUUUUGAGAUACAACUGAUCAUUACACUUUUUCUUGCUAUUAUCAUUUUGAGAUACAACUGAUCAUUACACUUUUUCUUGCUAUUAUCAUUUUGAGAUACAACUGAUCAUUACACUUUUUCUUGCUAUUAUCAUUUUGAGAUACAACUGAUCAUUACACUUUUUCUUGCUAUUAUCAUUUUGAGAUACAACUGAUCAUUACACUUUUUCUUGCUAUUAUCAUUUUGAGAUACAACUGAUCAUUACACUUUUUCUUGCUAUUAUCAUUUUGAGAUACAACUGAUCAUUACACUUUUUCUUGCUAUGAUCAUUUUGAGAUACAACUGAUCAUUACACUUUUUCUUGCUAUGAUCAUUUUGAGAUACAACUGAUCAUUACACUUUUUCUUGCUAUGAUCAUUUUGAGAUACAACUGAUCAUUACACUUUUUCUUGCUAUUAUCAUUUUGAGAUACAACUGAUCAUUACACUUUUUCUUGCUAUGAUCAUUUUGAGAUACAACUGAUCAUUACACUUUUUCUUGCUAUGAUCAUUUUGAGAUACAACUGAUCAUUACACUUUUUCUUGCUAUGAUCAUUUUGAGAUACAACUGAUCAUUACACUUUUUCUUGCUAUUAUCAUUUUGAGAUACAACUGAUCAUUACACUUUUUCUUGCUAUGAUCAUUUUGAGAUACAACUGAUCAUUACACUUUUUCUUGCUAUGAUCAUUUUGAGAUACAACUGAUCAUUACACUUUUUCUUGCUAUUAUCAUUUUGAGAUACAACUGAUCAUUACACUUUUUCUUGCUAUGAUCAUUUUGAGAUACAACUGAUCAUUACACUUUUUCUUGCUAUUAUCAUUUUGAGAUACAACUGAUCAUUACACUUUUUCUUGCUAUUAUCAUUUUGAGAUACAACUGAUCAUUACACUUUUUCUUGCUAUUAUCAUUUUGAGAUACAACUGAUCAUUACACUUUUUCUUGCUAUUAUCAUUUUGAGAUACAACUGAUCAUUACACUUUUUCUUGCUAUUAUCAUUUUGAGAUACAACUGAUCAUUACACUUUUUCUUGCUAUUAUCAUUUUGAGAUACAACUGAUCAUUACACUUUUUCUUGCUAUUAUCAUUUUGAGAUACAACUGAUCAUUACACUUUUUCUUGCUAUUAUCAUUUUGAGAUACAACUGAUCAUUACACUUUUUCUUGCUAUUAUCAUUUUGAGAUACAACUGAUCAUUACACUUUUUCUUGCUAUUAUCAUUUUGAGAUACAACUGAUCAUUACACUUUUUCUUGCUAUUAUCAUUUUGAGAUACAACUGAUCAUUACACUUUUUCUUGCUAUUAUCAUUUUGAGAUACAACUGAUCAUUACACUUUUUCUUGCUAUUAUCAUUUUGAGAUACAACUGACCAUUACAAACUUACGAUUUUACUGCAAUGGUUUGAAAGGAUGUUCCUGUUAAUAUUUUUCGGAGCGUAGGCCUAAUUGAAUUGAAAUAGCAUGUGGAUAAGAUACACUAUUGCCUUUCUAAUCACGUGUAAAUGUUGUAUUUAUUUCCUUAUUGUGCAAAGAUUCAGUGUUUUAAUUAAAUAUGUAUAUAUUGUCAACUGAAAACAUAUUUAUGAUAGCUAUUUCUUUAGUCUACUUAUAGGCCUAAUAAGUUUUAUGCACGAUGUUUAUGUCUUUCAUUUAGUAAUCAAACAUAUGAGUCAUGAUCUUGACUCAUGAUACAAAUAUCCAAGAUUAGGGUUCUAAGUUUUGAAUCAACAAAUUGGAUUGACAAGUUCAUUGUAAGAGGAUGUAGCAAGAACAAGAUGGCGAGAAGAAGAAAACUAAUCAUUACGUUAACACUUUAAAUGCAUUUAAAAAAACGAUCACGGUAAUACUCACCCACGAAUUUAGGAAAUUUAGGCACCGGAUAAUUAGGCACCGCGUAUUUACGGAUAUUUAGGCACCGGAUAUUUAGGCACCCGGAAAUUUAGGCACCCGGAUAUUUAGGCACCCGAAAUUUAGGCACCCGGAUAAUUAGGCACCCGGAAAUUUAGGCACCGGAUAAUUAGGCACUUUUUGACAAAGCGUCACCGAUAGCCCAUAGCCUAAGGAUAACAUAUACGUUAACAUUUUAAAACUACUUUCAAAAUUAAGGUCGCUAAUUAAAGAGUGCCUAAUUUUCGGGUGCCUAAUUUUCCGCCUUGUCAAAAAGUGCCUAAUUAUCCGGUGCCUAAAUAUCCGGGUGCCUAAAUUUCCGGGUGCCUAAAUAUCCGGUGCCUAAAUUUCCAGAUACCACUCACCCAGAUACCCCCCAACCCCUUUCUUUCAUCCCCCCAAACCCUUUCUUUCAUCCCCCCAACCCCUUUCUUUCAUCCCCCCAACCCCUUUCUUUCAUCCCCCCAAACCCUUUCUUUCAUCCCCCCAACCCCUUUCUUUCAUCCCCCCAACCCCUUUUUUUCAUUCCCCCCCAACCCCUUUCUUUCAUCCCCAACCCCUUUCUUUCAUCCCCCAACCCCUUUCUUUCAUCCCCCCAACCCCUUUCUUUCAUCCCCCCAACCCCUUUCUUUCAUCCCCCCAAACCCUUUCUUUCAUCCCCCCAACCCCUUUCUUUCAUCCCCCCAACCCCUUUUUUUCAUUCCCCCCCAACCCCUUUCUUUCAUCCCCCAACCCCUUUCUUUCAUCCCCCCAACCCCUUUCUUUCAUCCCCCCAACCCCUUUUUUUCAUUCCCCCCCAACCCCUUUCUUUCAUCCCCCAACCCCUUUCUUUCAUCCCCCAACCCCUUUCUUUCAUCCCCCAACCCCUUUCUUUCAUCCUCCCCAACCCCUUUCUUUCAUCACCCCCCACCCCUUUCUCAACUGAUCAAGUGAUAGGAUCAUGGCGUGUUAACAAAGCUAAAAGUAUGAAAUUGCGCUAAACAAAAGCAAUUAAUAAAACUAUUACUAAUCGCACAGAUUUAUUGUUGUUAGUCUAGAUCUAUUACAUUUAUAAUUACAUGACUGAUCCAAACCAAUUGAUACAACUACGCUUAAUAAAAGCUUUGUUUUUUUUUAAAGUA